UUCUAUUUCAAAAUCAGUAGACGGUGUUAGUGCGCAGUCUUUCUAGGUCAUUGGCCGCGACAUGAUAGUAUACCAUGGAUCCCAACCUUCCUUCUGAUGUCACCGCCGAUGCUGCAUGCGACACCGGCUCCUUCGCACUACGUAGAUGGGCUACGUACUACGAAAGCGUUGGAUCUUCCUCAGAGAAUGAUAGUGGCAUUCAGUCCCUCGGAAAGGGAGUUCAGGACCUGUAUAUUGAUAUCACCAGAUUUGAUAACAAGCGCCGAGGAAAGAGGGGAGGCGAUACGAAGGAGACGCCAAAACGCCAAUGCUAUGAUUCGGGUGUUGGUGAUAGCCUCAAGGCAGCCGUUUCACUCGGCAGCAAGCACGGCGACGUAAGCAUCGGUGCCUUUUCGAGACUUCGGGGUAGCUCCCAAAAUAUCAACAAAGAAAACAUUGGGCAUGGUGGAAUAGAUGAAGGAUUUGAAUCGAUUAUUAGGGAAAAAGCGGAAGAAAACGACAUUGCUGUGCUUUUUGCAAGAAAUGCAGAAGGUGACACACCACUCCACAUAUUCAUAAUCCACGAGCUCCUGAAGGCAAUCGUUUGCAUCAUUGGCUUUGCCUGCUCACCAUGCCAACUGGACAUCGUCAACGACAUGCAACAAUCGCCACUAAUCCUCGCAGCAAUGACGAGACAAGCUCGGGUUGUACGGGCACUCCUUAUAGCAGGCGCCGAUCUGCUUCUGCCCGACCGCCACGGCAAUUCGGCGUUACACAUCGCCUCAAGAAACGGAGACCUACAAACAUUAGAAGCGCUGGCGAAACCUGUCAGCCUAAGGGAAGCCCAAGAUGGGAAAUAUGUUCAAAAGACAAGAAAGAUUGAGCAAGAAGUGAAAGCGAAAAAUUACGAUGGGUACUCACCAAUCCACCUCGCAACGUUAGAAGGUCAUCUUGACAUUUUGACACAUCUUGUUGAAAUUGGAGCAGACGUCGAUGAAAUGGAAGGAAAGGCUGGGCUUCGUCCAAUACAUUUGGCAGUGGCAAAUGAAGACAGGGAAACUAUCAAACAUUUAGUUGAAGAAUGCUUGGUUGACAUCGAUGCCACAACCUUCUACGGACUUUCUCCCAUAGAGCUUGCAAAUGAGAGAGGGCUCUAUGACGUAGUUGUCUACCUGGCCAACUUUGGCGCCUAUAGAACUGUCAUCGAGGUUCCAGAAUUCACGGACCUAGAUGAACAGUCUGACGAAGAAAUAGAGAGUGAGUUUGCUGACCUGCAGAUAAACGGCCAAUCGGUCUUUAAGAUUUGAAGCGAAGCUGAAUUUUCAAGAAGGCUCCAUAUGUACAUGUAUAUCGUAGAUCCACACUCAAUAUAUUCACACCCCCAAUAUCAGUCAACAUGGAGAGAAUUAUACUUGUUGCGGACGGAAACAAAUUCGUGCUUCUACAGCAUAUACUUAGUAUUUAAAGUUGAUUGUCACACACACUUUAAGUCCAUUAAUAAAAAACAAAUAUUCGUAAUCUGGUAGUUCCUUUUGCAUCAACGGUGAAAUUAGUGAAAAUGGUAGUGAAAUUAACUAUUAAAUAGUUGUUCUACAGUGUAGCUAAAAAGUAGUAAAAACCAGGAGACUGGUUAAGAAUUACUACAUGUAUAUCGAUAGUUCACAUGAUCGGUGCAAAAGGAACUACCAUAGUGGUGAAAAUUACAACAUUGUAUAAAAAAGCUAUUUUGGCUAAUGUCUGCUUCAAGGAUCAUGGAUUCUGAUAUAAAAUAACAAUUUUAUGAAUGAUAAGCCACUUCUAUCUGAGUAAUAGGCCUUAACAGCGAUUGCGUGAGUUGCAUUACAAUACAUUUAUACAAUAUGAUAUCUAGCUAGACAUGGUCUUGGAAAAGCUUAUUACACAAAGCAUACGAUGUCAAGUCAUGAUCCGGAUGUUUGCUAGGCCAUGCACUAUGCACAGGUCCUUGAAUCAAGUGUCCGGCAGUAAUUAUGGGUUGAACGUAAAAUGUUAACGUAGAAGAGUGGGAGCAAGAAAUCGACAGAGGUCUUCAGAGAGACGGUAAGGGGUUAAAAAGGUCUUGGGUACAUGUACAACAGGGAGCAAGAAAUCCCAAUACGUCUCAAAGAGACUCUUCUAUGCACUGGACGUCUGUUGAGACUUCUCUUUCAUCUACAUUAUUCCUUCAUGGACAGUUUACAAUGUCUUUACCGCCUUGAUUCGGUGCCCUUUAUGGGAGUCGUGCAACAUAAUGCAACCGCAGAUAUGCCAAGAGCAGAACAUUAUAAUGUUAUAGGAAAUACAUGUAUGGCAUGGGGACAUGGGGAACAAGUACAUUGUAUACUUCUUCCCCAUGCCAUACAUGCAUUUCCUAUAACGGAUAUCUCCUAUUAUAUGUGUGGUAUCAUAGAAUUUCUUCAAUAAAUUGAGGAGAAAAAAAUA